AUGGAUCGCUAUGAGCUUGUGGUUCUCAAAACUAUUGCUAUUUUUGUUUUGGUAUCUCUGAAUAUGCUGAAUACAUUUGUUAGGGUGGACACAGUCUUGAAAGAAAUUGAUCGUACCUCUCCCAACAAGUCUCUUUAUAUGGGCAAUCUCAAUCUCUUACAUCGUCCUCUAAGAAAUGGAAAAUGGGCAGUUACUUUUGAGGAAUGGCCUGAAGAAGUAUAUCCUCCUUACGCCAAUGGACCUGGAUAUGUAAUUUCUACUGAUAUUGCUAAAUUUGUCAUUGCUCAACAUGGCAAACGAAGCCUCAGGCUCUUUAAGAUGGAAGAUGUUAGUAUGGGAAUGUGGGUUGAACAAUUUAACAGCUCCACCCCUGUUCAGUACUCUCACAACUGGAAAUUCUGUCAAUACGGAUGCUUGGAGAACUAUUAUACUGCACAUUACCAAUCCCCAAGGCAGAUGAUCUGUCUGUGGGACAAGUUGGCGAGAGGUCGGGCACAAUGUUGCAGCUUUAGAUGAUAGAUAUAUUAGCAGAUGUCUCCAAGGAUCCUUUAGAUGAUGGCAGCAGCUUUACUACAUUUUGUUCUCGUUUAAAUGGGCUGUAGAGAUGGCUGUUUUUUAAUUUGCAGCCUUGAUUUUGGAAGAACAGACUGUUUUCUUAUUGUAAUUGAAAUGGCUUCUAGCAAAGGCCAAAACAUUUUGGCUUCAACUAAAAGCUGGAGAAAUUGUAUAUACCCUAUCUUUCUAUGACAAAUAUCGAUUCAGC